ACUUAACGAACACCAUAGUAAACACAAUUAAAUAAGGUCUCUUCUCUGAGAUUGAGACCCUGUUUUUGUUCUCUAAGUAUCUGCGUAUCAUCAGGGUCCCAGCUUCCUCCACUUCCUCUGUUCCCCCUGGUUUGGGUGGACCCAGGCCCUCUGGAACAGGAACUAUGUCAGCUGGGUGGCUACGGUCAAUCGAUCCAUGAAAGAGAGAGGCCACAGAGGCAGGUUGAAAUGGUUGUCAUCAGCACUGGGAUGGAGCCUUUAAUUUGUCCAACUUUUCUGUGUUCCCGUGGCAAUUUCCGGUUCUUUAUUUCAUUUGGUCUUCCUGUCAACCCGGGAGGGAGGCUGGAUUCUUUGCCCUAGUGGAGUCCCAGAGAGGUUGAGCGACUGGCACAUCGUCACCCAGCCAACUGGGGCGGAGUGGGACUCGAGGCCGGGGUCUAUGCACUGGGGCUCGCGCCCUUGACCAGUGAGAACCCGGCGGAGGUGGAGCUGGUGGAUGCCAACUGCCCUUUCUCUGUCUCUCUCCCUCUCCCUCUGCCCCGGCAGUGCCUUUGAAGAUAAUAGUAUGAAGCUGCGGCAGCUGAAACUGGACAACCAGCGAGCCCUGCUGGAGAAGAAGCAGAGGAAGAAGCGUCUGGAACCACUCAUGGUGCAGCCAAACCCAGAGGCCAGGCCGCAGCGCUCCAAGCCCAGGGACGGCGAUGAUCAGACCCCAUUGGUGGAGCCUCCCCGGGUGUCUGGGCCCCCCAGCCGGCUGCUUCUGCAGGGCAUCGAUGGUCCAACCGCCUUCUUAAAGCCAGAGACCCCCGAGCCGGAGCCCAGACCUCUCAUCCCGUCGGAGGCAUCGUCUGCUGCAGAAGCUGGCCCCGGGCAAUCACCCCCCAGGGCUGACCUGCAGGAGAUCCUGCAGCAGCAUGGAAUCUCAGCCAGCCUGAACUUCGACGAGGAGGUGCCCGAAGGAGAAGAAGGUGUUGGAAACGAGUCGGGGUCACCACCGCCCCCGCCGUAUGCUGAUCCCGAGCGCCCCAGCUCUGCAACCAGCCGCAAAUCUACCCCGGACCCAGGUGGGUGUGGCACUGUCCCCUUCCCUGCGGCCACAGCCGGAACUCUGGGGGAGGUGGAGAAUCUGGAAGACUUUGCGCUGCGUCCUGCCCCCCAGGGCAUCACGGUCAAGUGCCGCGUCACUCGGGACAAGAAGGGUGUGGACCGUGGCCUCUACCCCACCUACUACAUGCACCUGGAGCGGGAGGACAACCGCAAGACAUUCCUUCUCGCGGGGAGAAAGCGGAAGAAGAGCAAGACAUCCAACUACCUCAUCUCCAUCGACCCCACUGACUUAUCCCGGGAGGGGGGCAGCUACGUUGGCAAACUCAGGUCCAACCUGAUGGGCACACGGUUUACAGUGUACGACCACGGGGUCAGCCCGGCCAAGGCCCAGGGACUGGUGGAAAAAGCCCACAUCCGGCAGGAGUUGGCAGCCAUCUGCUAUGAAACCAACGUGCUGGGGUUUAAGGGCCCCCGGAAAAUGGCCGUGAUCGCCCCCGGCAUGAACCUUAGCCACGAGCGGAUCCCAUUCCGACCGCGCCACGAGCACGAGAGCCUGCUGUCCAAGUGGCAGACGCGGAACGUGGAGAACCUGAUUGAGCUGCACAACAAAGCCCCUGUCUGGAACGACGACACCCAAUCCUACGUCCUCAACUUCCAUGGCCGGGUCACCCAGGCCUCCGUCAAGAACUUUCAGAUCGUCCAUGAGAAUGACCCGGACUACAUUGUCAUGCAGUUUGGGCGAGUGGCCGAAGACGUGUUCACGCUGGACUACAACUACCCUAUGUGUGCGCUCCAGGCCUUCGCCAUUGGGCUCUCCAGCUUCGACAGCAAACUGGCCUGUGAGUGACCAGUGGCCGUGGCAGGCCCAGAUCCUGCCUCUCCCCGGCACUCCUAGGGCCCCCGCUCAGAGCUGAGCCCUGGAGAAGAGGCUCCCUUCCGUCCUCCCCCGGCUGGCACGGUGGGGAUCACAGGAGCCCCUCCCUCUCGGCCUGAAUCCCAUGGGCCCCUCCUUCUCGGCCUGAAUCCCAUGGGUGUGAGCCUGAUUCCUGGGACAUCCCUGGAUACCACGGACUCAGGCGCCCUGCCCCAAAAAACAGGGACUUAGAACCGGACACGGACUCCGACGGUUUAAAGGGUGUGUGCCAAGCUGGGCUGAUGGUGCCCCCUGCCACGGUCCUGGCCCGCAUCCUGCUGGGGCCAGAAUUGAGCCUGCCAAGGGCUGGACUUGGAGUCAGCAUCUUACUUCUUCAUGCACCUUUAGAGUGCUUGUCCUGGGGACAGGGGAGGUUAGUUGAGAGGGUUCCUGGAGCUGCCAGCACCUCACCCAAAGGGGUGUUUCCAGGGAGCCUUUCUCCGAGAGCCCCGCGGCCCCAGGAAGGCUUCCUCCCAGCAUUGCAUGCUGGAAUUGGUGGUCUUCUAGCCUUCACGUGGAUUGGAUUCUGUCUAGUGGAGCCGGUCCCCAAGGGGGCUGCUACGCCUCGUAGGUUCUGUGAUGGCAUCACAUCCUGGGAGUUGUACUCUGUGGCCUUGGCGCUGGGUUCUGUAGAGCUUGUGCUGUAGAUAGCAUGGCCUCAGUAGGCUGGCUGAGCCUGGGCUGGGCCUGCAUUGUCCUGAUGGAUGCAUCAGACAGAAUCUGCUCCCGUCGCCUUCCAACCCGCCACGUUGUGUCCCUGCCAAUGCAAUGAAUCAUGUGACCUUCACCUUGAUCCUCCCUCACCAGUCCAUGGCCAAAGCUCACACAUACACUUCUUCCCAGUCUGGCCUGCCCCCUGAGCCACUUGCCCAUAUGCUGGGGUGCGUGCAGAGGAUGGGCCGACGCCCUUUGUGCUUCCCAGACUGUCUCCCUGUGGCUGUUUCCUGUCUCCUGUCUGCGCCAAGAGCUGAAGUGUUUGGGGAGGCCAGGGAAGCCGUGGGCCAACCCACACCCUACCCUGCUCCCUGCCUUGCUCGAGGAGAGCUGGCCAGGGAGGAGAGCAGCCUUCCACCCCAGGCCUGCCCACCUGUCCCUACCAGCACCCCUCCUGCCUGCCCCCAGCCUGCUUGCUCUCUGGUCCGCAGCCUCCAGGAGGAGAGCAGGGGGCAGGGACUGCAGACCCAUCCCUUCCAUGCCCUCCCCUCACAUACUCCCAGCCCCCGCGCUUAGCAUUGCUUGAUUGUGCCGAGACAAAAGCCUCCUGCUGCUGACUGGGUUUUUCCUGAAAUCCUAUUUAUAACUUUUGUACGUUCCGGCAAUAAAAAAUAAUUUAUAGGAAAA